GCUGGUUCGUCCAAUGCGGAGCCUCUGGCCCGGACGUCACUGGGUGCCUACCACCUUGGGCAUGGGACAGGUCUCCACAUUACGUCACCAUCCGGCAGCUGGAGCUCUGGCAACCUCGAUGGCCUGGGCUGCGUGCGAUCUGAUGGCCAUGCAAACGCGAACAAUGAGGACCUUACCGUGGACCAGCUGUGUGCCUUGAGGAUACAACUGUUUGCUGGCUUCAUUCCGACCUUGAUUCCUUCCGUUCAUACAUUUGGACUACAACUUGAAACUGUCCAAAACCAUACCAACUUCGCCAUCCUCGCACACAAGAUAGCUCCUGAAAACAUACGCCAAAGCUCCCUCACGAUGCUUCGCUCUUCGCGUCAACUCGCGCGGAUUGCUCCACGCAAAGUCGCAGCUCCCUCAGCAAUCCCGUCAACACCCUUCUCGACGAGGUCUCCGUCGAGUGCUCUUCACACCCCCAGGCGACCUGCUUCGGCCCUCCAAGCUCGUUUAAUUCCCUUGUCCCUCCAAGCGCGAUACACCAAUUCGCCCUACGACAAGAUCGAUAAGAAGGCCGAGGCCGAGAUUGCAAAGAAGAAGCUCGAGUCUAAUCCCGAGGCGGUUUCGACCGAGUCGUCUAGGAUUCACCUCUUUGAGCCGGAACCUGCAAAAACACAAAAGGAAGAGGAUCUCACGGGAGGACUCAAGAAGGAGUUGAACAUUGUCAAGGAUACCUUCAAUCUUAGCGAAGUGCCAAGGGAGCCCUACUUGCUCGGUCUUGCAGGCACUCUGCCCUACCUUGCUACAUCCCUGAGCACAGUCUACCUGAGCUGGGACCUGAACCUCGAAUGGCCCUCUACGUCGACAUUUGCAAACCAUAUUUACAUGAAUCAUGAUUCAGCGCAAUACUGGCUGAGCCUCCUCGAGCCCAUCCAGCUCGGAUACGGCGCCAUCAUCAUCUCCUUCCUUGGAGCAGUCCAUUGGGGCAUGGAAUACGCCGAAAAGACGCCUCAUCCCACCCGAACAAAGUUCCGCUACGGCAUGGGUGUCGUCGCGCCUAUGAUUGCCUGGCCAUCCCUCCUCAUGCCCGUCGAAUACGCCCUCACUUCUCAAUUCGCCGCCUUCACCUUCCUCUACCUUGCCGACACCCGAGCCAAGAACAAGGGCUGGACCCCACAAUGGUACGGAAUCUACCGCUUCGUCCUGACUGCCAUUGUUGGAGUCUCCAUCUUUGUCAGCUUGGUUGGUCGCACCAAGAUUGGCAACGCACAACCCCAUAUUGGCGAAGGCCUAGCUGAGAGCAUGCACCUGGGCAAGACCGACACCACCAAGGACUGGGCUAAGCUCGAGGAGGAGGAGAGAAAGAAGCAGAAAAAGGAGAAGGAAGAGGCUGAGAAGAAGAAGAAGGAAGAAGAGAAGAAGCAAAAGGAGGAGGAGAAGAAGAAUGCCAAGAAGGGCGACUCCAAGAGCAAGAGCAAGAAGGAUGACAAGAAGGACUCCGGUGCCAACAAGAAGGACGACUCCGAGGAGGAGGAAAAUGAGAAGGUGGAGGAGAAGGAGGAGGAUAAGCAAGACAAGGACGACAAGCAGGAUGACUCAAAGGAAGAAAAGUCUGAGGACAAGGACGGGUCUGAGGAUGACUCAAAGGAUGGGGAUAAGGACGAUUCCAAGGAUGAGGGCAAGUCCAAGUCCAAGUCCAAGGAUGAGGGCAAGAAGAAGGAGAAGAAGGAGUAA